AUACGUGCUAAAGAAGCAGCUAAGAAAGCUGCCGAGAGCAUGCGUGACCCAGCGAUUGAUAGGAGAAUGGAGCUAUUGCAAAGAAUUCUUCAUGGUUUACUGAGAUGCAUAACGACGUACUAUGCGUUCAAAAAGGUGCGGUCCAUGGAAUUGAACGUUCUGGGCGACCAGGUUACAAAAAGUCAGUCGUCAAUGAAUAGAUCCCUGUUGCUGGAACAUGUGACCCUUCUAUGCGAAAUUGUACCGAGCUUGGUUACUCUCACUGAAAUUGCGGGGAAGAAAUAUCUACGAAUUGAGGAAAAUGACUACGCAACGUUGGAGAAGUUUGUGAAAGACGAACUAACACGUCUUCAAAGCACCCAACAGACACUUGUUAGCGAAGUGAAAACUCCCGUCAAAAAGCCGGCGAUGAGAGCUUUAUUUUAA